CUUUAUGAGGACAUACAUUGACGCAAUGCAAUCUCUAGCCCGUCACCCUAACCAUCAGAACUACAUGCCUGACCCUAACCCUGACCCUAAACCUAAUUGUAACUUAAACCCUAAAACCAAGUCUUCACCCUCAAACAGCCCUUUAAAGGGGUCUCUGGAAGUGAGGACCGGCUAAAAUGUCCUCACUUUACUCUCCUUGUCCUCACACCGCUGGUCUACAACUCAAACCGGUCCUCACAAAUAUAGAUGUACAAGUACACACACACACACACACACACUCUCACACAAACAAACAGACACACACACACACACACACACACACACACACACACAGAUGUACAGGGCUGCUGGUGAUGUCUGAUUUGAAGAAUGUUUGUUUGUCAUCAUCUGAUGCUGUUGCGCUUCACUCCAGUGGUCAUGAUGCUUUUCAGUUGGUGUUUGUGCGAUGUGUUGUGCUCAUCAGACUCGCUUAUGUUUCCAGGUCUGAAUUAUUCAGCGCUUUCCUGCCCGUAUGAAGUCACAUGAUAGCGUGACCCGGAGUGAAGCACAGAAAAAUGUCUGUCAGAGAUCAGGUGAAACGUGAACACCCCUCACACACCUUCACAUGACACACGAGACGUGAAACCCGACACGCUCCAGCCUCCUCUCGCUCCUCUCGUCUUACCUGCGUUCAGGAGCCGUUUGUCUUUCAGUCUGCGCUGGUUCUCCAUCACGCUCAGGUGUGUUUAAGACGUCGUGUUUCUGCUCAGUUCUCUCCGGCCCACAGAUCACCGUCUCUUCAGCGACGUCAUGGCCGUACGAGGCACCAUCCCUCCUCCGGAUUAUUACCCAUUCGACAUCGCUCUGUCUGCGCAGCCGCCUGAAGAUCUGCAGGGCUUUUACAAGGGCAGCACACACAUGCUGAGCAGAUCAGGAUCUCAUUAUGGGCUGGCAACAGGAGGGGUCAGGUCCGCGUGGGAUCAAGGGCAAGCCAGAGCGACUACUCCAGGUCCUGUGGCCGGUCCUCCCCCCCCUCCGCCUCCUCCUCCCCCGCCCUCGGCUCAUGAGAUCAGCCGCUUGUACAGGGAUUCUCUGGCUGUCAAGAUAAUUUCAGAUAAUCAGCGUGCUCGCAGUAGAGCCGCCUCGCCCGCCUGCUUCGGCAUCGAGUCCGCCCCGUCCAGGUAUCUGGCCGAGACGGGUCAUUCUGCAUACGGCGACGUCAACGGCCUCCCCCUGGAGUCCUGUCAGCCGCCCUCCACCUGUAUAGUGAUGGACCCCACGGCUCCGGUCAUGGAUGGGAAUCUCUCCCGAGGGACUCCGGCUUACGGCUCCAUGGCGACGCAGAGGAUGCCCUACGACCCCGCUUACGACCCCAACUUGUCGAUGGCGCCAGGUGCGGGGACGAUGCCGGUCCACCACCCUUCGGCGGCUGUUUCGGCAGACCCGAAGAGAAGCGUGGAUCCAGGGUUCCUGGCUCUCCUGCGCUCGGAGGGACUGUCGGAGAGCACCAUUACUCUGCUCCUGCAGCAGGGCUUUGACUCUACUGGCAUGCUGGCUGUGAUGGAAGACCACGACAUCCGCUCGGUGGUGCCCAACUUGGGACAGGCGCGCAUGCUGUCUCGACUGGUCCUCAGCUGUAAGACGGGCACGAGCAGUGGCGCCGCCGUCCUGAGGGGUCGCUCUAACAGCUUCAGCCACCGCAGCGACCUGUACGUGCAGCCUCAGGCCCUCAGCGUGGACGGUCACCCGGUGCAGCAGCCGCCCACUGCCCUGCAGUCCGCCUCUCUGAGAAUGGGCGAGUUUCUGGGCCGCCGGCCGUGCAGCGCUCCUUCUCAGCAUCUGCUGGAAACCGCCACGUACCCGACGGCGCGUCCGCUCGGGGGACUUCCCGUCAGUCCUGGCGGUUACGGUGGGGGGUUGCCGCAGACGCGCCCCCUCUCCAUGUACACCAACUCCCACACUGGCCUCGCCGCGUCCGCUCAACAGCAGCCCGUGGCGCCCAAGACCUUCUCUGGCACCUACACGCCCAUGGAGCUGAUGAAGCGUCCUGUGAAUCUUCCUCCUCUGUCUCCAGCUCACAGUCCUCAUCACAGUCCUCAGUUACUGCGGAACGGAGGCGCUCCUGUGGAGGCUGGCGUUCUUCAGGUCUCUUCUGCCCUGCAGACUCACACCCUCAAUCCAAACAACAUGCUGAGCCGUCGAACCGGACCGCCCGUCAUUGUGUCCACCAUGGCUUCUCCUGACACAAGUAAUAGAUCUCAGAUCAUGAACGGUCCUCUUCAUCCUCGUCCUCUGGUGGCUCUGUUAGAUGGUCGGGACUGUACGGUGGAGAUGCCCAUCCUGAAAGAUCUCGCCACUGUCGCCUUCUGUGACGCACAAUCCACACAAGAGAUUCACGAGAAGGUGUUAAAUGAGGCUGUUGGUGCGCUGAUGUAUCACACGAUCACUCUGACACGAGAAGAUCUGGAGAAGUUUAAAGCGCUCAGAAUCGUCAUACGGAUCGGCAGCGGAUACGAUAACAUCGACAUCAAAGCUGCAGGAGAGCUCGGUAUCGCGGUGUGUAACAUUCCGUCGGCAGCAGUGGAGGAGAGUGCAGAUUCCACUCUGUGUCACGUGUUGAAUUUGUACCGGAGGAACACGUGGUUGUAUCAGGCGCUGCGGGAGGGCACACGUGUGCAGAGCGUCGAGCACAUCCGUGAGGUGGCGUCAGGAGCCGCUCGUAUCCGUGGAGAAACACUCGGACUCAUCGGCUUCGGUCGCACGGGUCAGGCUGUGGCUGUGAGAGCUAAAGUGUUCGGCUUCAAUGUGAUCUUCUAUGACCCGUAUCUACAGGACGGUCUGGAGAGAUCUCUGGGUGUUCAGCGUGUGUACACACUGCAGGAUCUGCUGUAUCAGAGCGAUUGUGUGUCUCUGCACUGUAACCUGAACGAACACAAUCAUCAUCUCAUCAAUGACUUCACCAUCAAACAGAUGCGUCAGGGGGCGUUCCUGGUGAACACAGCGCGGGGGGGUCUGGUGGAUGAGAAAGCUCUCACUCAAGCUCUGAAAGAGGGACGAAUACGAGGAGCUGCUCUCGAUGUGCACGAGAUCGAACCCUUCAGUUUUUCUCAGGGAGCUUUGAAAGACGCUCCUAAUCUGAUCUGUACUCCACACACGGCCUGGUACAGUGAACAAGCGUCUCUAGAGAUGAGAGAAGCAGCAGCCACAGAGAUACGCCGAGCCAUCACAGGUCGUAUUCCAGACAGUCUGAGGAACUGUGUGAAUAAAGAGUUCUUCAUCACCUCGGGCACAUGGGGCGUCAUCGAGCAGCAGGGGGUUCAUCCUGAACUCAACGGAGCUUCAUACAGCCAAGUCAACCAAUCACUACAAGCCAUCACUACCGGCUUCGCCCCCCAAGACAAACUCAAUGCUUGAAUGAAGAGCAGGUGAUUGGUCAGUGUGGCAUCACAACGGGUGUGGUGGGUCUGGUGUCAGGCGGGCUGUCAGAAGCCCACUCACAGACGCACUUACCAAACACACCAAGACCAGAGAAGAUGAGACAGAGCAACACACACACACACACACACACACACACACACACACGCACACACACACACACACACACACACACACAGAGGGAAUUGAUGUUUUUAAUGUGCACAGAAGCUCCGCCCCUCCUCCUCAGAGACAAAACAUUGAUUAACACAAAAACUUUAUUUUACAUUUCUUAUUACAGUCUGUGAUUAGAGCGUUUCAUCGGACGCACAUGCCUGGAUUGUAGUUAACUUCUGGUCUGUUUGUUUAUCGGUCUGGCUAGUGUCUAAUAAUAUAACUAUUUAUAUUUAAUUUAAUUUAUGUUAAUAUUCAUUUAUAUUAUUAUUUUAUUGUAUAAUAAUUUGAUUAAAUAAACGAUUUGUUGAAUGGGUCCUGUAGUUUGGUCGCAUUAAAGAAACCAUAUGGUUCACUGAUCUAGCGGUUGAGCUUGGUAUCGCAGUCUAAAUUCUAAAUAUUGGAGAAACGAGUUUAGUCAAGUAAUGGUUCUUCUCAGUUGCGUAACUUUGUUUUGAAAAGUGGUGGGGACAAAGACGACACAAACAAUACUUUAGUAAAUUGUUUCUGUAAUAACUCGUUGGGAAUAUUCAUGGGGGUCACAAGCGCGAAACAUGUAGGUGACUCAUCCUCCAGAAAACAGUAUAAAAACUGCGCUGCUAUAUCGACAGCUUCAGUGGUGUAACGUUAGUGUGAAAGACGCAUGACGAAUAAUAUUGACACUGCCGUGAUGCAGGUUCGAAUCUGCUGAACUCACUAUUCUAAAUUUUCACAUAUCAGAUCUGCUUCCAUUUGUUGACAUGAAGUAGGUAACACAUGUUUUACGCUCUACGCCACUGGGGCAGUUUAUUUACGCGUGCCUUUCUUACAUUUUGUCUAUUCCAAUCGGAAAUUGAUGGGCGGAGUUAGUAUAAAUAGCCUCUGCUUACAAAGUUUUUAUUCUGACGCAUUUCUGAGUGCAACGAAAUCAAAGCCACUAGAAGGCAAGCCUGCAACCUUUAGCCAACAUAGCGUAACGGCUAAUGCUAACGCCCUGGCUUCAGCGGAACGCAGGAAAGGAGACCAGAUGCUAGUUUUUUUAAUGGGUGUCAAUGGGUUUUGUUAGCCGUUACGGGUUCUCCAAUUGUAAGUAUUACAGACCCUCCCAUCCCCCUAUAAUAAUAGUAUCUCUGACGGAAUAUCGACUGUGAAAAAUAUUGGGUGGGGCUUGUGUUUUUCCUUCCUUCCGAUCUGAUUGGAUGUAUAAAAACAGGCGUUACAUGUGGAAAUGAAAAUAGCAGCAGACUGACAGUAGAAGGGGAGGAGUUUAUGGCUCUGCCCUGCCCAAGCCGUCUAACUGACGUCAUCUGAGACGAAUAGCCACUAGAGGGCAGAAGUGCAUUUUCAGAUUUUGAUUAAAGAUUUUAAGGACAUGUGAAUUUAAAAAAGUGAUUGGCCCACACUGAUUAGCUAUUUAUAACAAACGCUGCAAUAUUCCAUGAAAUAAUAGGAAUUGCUGUUUUCAUUUCACCGGGACUUUAAGGGCAGUCCACGAACGCACGCAUGUGCAGUCACGUUUGUUUAUGUUGUUGCUUUGAAACCGUCUGUACAAAUAAGAAUAUUUAUAGCGAUUGACCACCAGCAAGUGAUCAUUGAUGGAGUGAAAUGAAAUAUUGUUUAUGUGUAUGUGUAUGUGUGUGUUUGUCAAGCAAUGAUUGUGUGUUGAACAGGUGCACAGAAUAAGAACAGCAGAUGAAGGUUGUUUCAUAUUUGAUAUUCUGCGAGUUUGUGGUUUUGUCUUCAUUCUGCUAAAUGACUCAGGAACAUCACAUUUCUCAUUUUCUAUACCCUGCUUUUGUGUUUUAAAGAGGAGAAAAGUCAAAUGUGUUAUUUUUAUAAAGCAACAUCAUAAUAUUUCAAGAAGAACUGAACAUUUGAAAACAAGUCUUUUUGAUUUUUUUCUAUCGAUAAAUGUUCUUAUUUAACCACGCAGCGCUGCUCAGCUGGUGUGUAUUAGGUCUGUAUUAAAGAUGAUGUGAAACACACACAGGUUGUGUUACAUUGUGCUCAGAAAGCGAUAACUACACAAGGUAUAAUGUUUAUGAACAUUUAUUGUUCUCUAGAUGAAUGUGUUUUGUGAUGACAUUCAUUGUGUUUUUUUGUGCUCUGAAUUACAGUCCUAUGUAGUUCCUCUUUACACAUUUUAAUGUUUGAGGACAUUUUUGUUUGACUUCUGUAUGUUGUAGUAUUGUGUUGAGUUGAGUCUUAACACAGAACUAGUUGAGAAGCGCUGCUGUGUGAAACUCAUUUCUUCCGUUUAUUUUGAUGAGAUUGUGUGUUUGUCUAACAGAAAGGGAGAAACUGACACAAGCAGAAGCGUGAGGUUGUUUUAUUGUGAUUGUAUCUGUUUCUGGUACAAACUGACCAUUUAGUGUUUAGCACAAUUCAAUUAAAACAUGCAGU